GUCUUCGGAUAUAUCUUUACGGGUUCUGUCUGUGUUGCCAAACUGUUCUACGACUAGGUCGUUUGACGCCCAGGCUGCCAGCCUGGGGCCAGACUGUGCCCCAACUUAACUCUAUAGUUACCACAUUCCCAUUGGGAACUAGAGACACAGCAAAGGAGCCAUGAGCGAUCCAAAGGGGCAACUCCCGCGCACGACGCGCGUGAAGAACAAGCAGCCUGCAGACAAGCAGAUCACUGCGGAGCAGCUUCUUCGCGAGGCUAAGGAAAUCCAGCUUGAGGAUGACUACAAGGCACCCAAGCAGAUUAUCACGGACCCGGAGGAGCUCGCCGAGUACCGUUUGUCUAAGCGCAAGCAGUUUGAGGAUCUUGUGCGCCGUGUGGGACGCUUCAAUGGCGGUGUCUGGGUCAAGUACGCGACAUGGGAGGAGCAGCAGAAGGACUUCCGGCGGGCGCGCUCGGUGUGGGAGCGAUGCCUGGCCAUCGAGUACCGCAACGUCAGCAUGUGGCUAAAGUACGCGGAGAUGGAGAUGCGGCACCGCUUCGUGAACCAUGCGCGCAACGUGUGGGACCGCGCGGUGAGCCUGCUGCCGCGCAUUGAUCAGCUGUGGUACAAGUACAUCCACAUGGAGGAGAUGCUGGGCAACGUGGCGGGCGCGCGGCAGGUGUUUGAGCGCUGGAUGCGCUUCGAGCCCGACCACACCGGCUGGAUGGCGUACAUCAAGUUUGAGCUGCGCUACAACGAGGUGGACCGGGCGCGCGCCAUCUUCGAGCGCUACAUCCAGAUCCUGCCCACUGUCAAGGCCUGGGUGCGCUACGCCAAGUUCGAGAUGCAGAAUGGCGAGGUGGGCCUGGCGCGCCGCUGCUACGAGCGAGCAGUGGACGAGCUGGGAGAGGACGCACAGACGGAGGAGUUUUUCAUCAAGUUCGCUGAGUUCGAGGAGAAGGCGCGUGAGGUGGAGCGGGCCCGCGCCAUCUACCGCUACGCCCUGGACCACAUCCCCAAGGCCUCCGCGCCCAGCCUGUACCAGCGCUUCGUGGCGUUUGAGAAGCAGCACGGCGACCGCGAGGGCAUUGAGCAGGUGGUGGUCAGCAAGCGCAGGUUCCAGUACGAGGAGGACAUCGCCAAGUCGCCGUACAACUACGACACCUGGUUUGACUACAUCAAGCUGGAGGAGGGCACCGGGGACAUCGAGCGCACGCGCGAGGUGUACGAGCGCGCGGUGGCGCAGCUUCCGCCCAGCUCCGCGGAGAAGCGCUUCUGGCGGCGCUACAUCUACCUAUGGGUCAAGUACGCGCUGUUCGAGGAGCUGGACUGCGCCGACCCCGACCGCACCCGCGACGUGUACCGCGCCGUGCUGGACCUCAUCCCGCACCGCCAGUUCACAUUCGCCAAGAUCUGGAUCAUGGCUGCCAAGUUUGAGAUCCGGCAGCGCAACGUGGAGGGCUGCCGCAAGCUGCUGGGCCGCGCGCUGGGGCUGUGCCCCAAGGAGAAGCUGUUCAAGGCCUACAUCGAGUUGGAGCUGACCAUGGGCAACGUGGACAGGGUUCGCAAGCUGUACGAGAAGUACCUGGAGUGGCGGCCCAGCAACGUGGGCGCCUGGGUUCGCUUCGCAGACCUGGAACGCCAGCUGGGCGAGACCGGCAGGGCCCGGGCGCUGUAUGAGCUGGCCAUUGGGCAGCCGCUGCUGGACAUGCCGGAGGCGCUGUGGAAGUCGUACAUUGACUUUGAGAUCGCGGCGGGCGAGCGCGAGCGGGUGCGGGUGCUGUACACGCGAUUGCUGGACCGGACCAAGCACGUCAAGGUGUGGCUAUCGUUUGCGCGCUUCGAGGCGACACCCAUGCCCGCUGAGGGCGCGGAAGGCGAGGACGGGCAGCCCGCGGAGCCCGCGGAGGGCCCCGAGUCCGCGCCCGCCCGCGCCGCCCGCGCCCGCUCUGUGUACGACCGCGCCUUCACCACCCUGCGCGACGUGUCGCCCGACUCCAAGGAGGAGGCGGUGCUGCUGCUGGAGGCCUGGAGGGACUUCGAGCGGGAGCAGGCGUGGAGCUCGGAGGCGGACCGGGCGGCGCGUGUGUCGGAGGUGGAGAAGAAGAUGCCGCGCCGCGUGAAGCGCAAGCGGCCCGUCACCACCGAGGACGGACAUGAGGUGGGCCAGGAGGAGUACUACGACUACAUCUUCCCAGAGGAGGGCGCGGCGGCGCCGGGGCUCAAGCUGCUGGAGGCCGCCUACCGCUGGAAGCGCCAGCGCCAGGGCGCGGCGCCCGGCGAGGAGCCGCAGGCGCAGCAGGGGAGAGGGGGCGCCGGCGAGGAGGCGCCCUCGGCGUCGGAUGCGGCGCAGGCGUUUGCGGCGGCGGCCAUGUCGCGGUUCGCGGGCGCGGGCGAGAAGUCUGGGAGCGAGGAGCCGCGGCAGGAGGAGGAGCAGGAGCAGGAUGGGCGGCCGGCACGCGGCGGGCGGCGGGGCGACGAGGAGGGCGACGAGGUGGAGGAGGGACGGGCGCGCGGCCGCGAGGGUGGCGAUGAGGAGGAGAAGCAGGAGGAGGGCGUGCGGGCGGGUGAGGUGGAGGAGGGGCGGCCGGGGAGGGGGCACGGCUCACAAGCCGGGGAAGCAGGUGUUGAGGGCGAGGGGCCAGGAGCUGCUGGCGGCGAGGCGAUGGCGGGGGAGGACUCCUAGCGUCAGAGAUGCCGCUAGUGUGGUAGGCUACACAGGAAGGUGGCAAGAUAGGAUGCGUUGACGGAUGCUGCAUGGGUCGGGUGCAGACCUCGGGCAUGUGAGUGAAGCAGCAGUGGUGUGUGUACUACUGUCCGCGGGCUGUUCACGUCAGUUCAUGCUUAGCAGGACCUCUGUUUGUUUGCUCGUCUACGGGUGGUUAUGCUCGCUCAGUUGCCAGGCACGGUCGCUGGGGGCGCGCGGAAAAUAUCUGGUCAUAGCGCUUUCCAGCGAGAGCGCGGUUUUUAGGCCUUUACCUGUCAAAUCGCAUAACUA